AUGUUCGGAUUUGUCCAUUGUAAUGCAUCAAUAUUAGCUCGACAAAAUACUGAUCCAGAUCUAUUUUUUGUUCGAUCAUUAGUAAAAAAUUGGCUUUGGCCUAUUAUAACAUUUUUUGGUGUAACUGGUAAUAUUCUAGCUAUUAUUGUAUUAACAAAACGUCGUAUGAUAAUGUCAUCAACAAAUAAUUAUUUAGUAGCAUUAGCUUUAGUUGAUAUAGCUUAUUUAUUAUUAACACUUAUUAUAAAUACAUUACAAAAUCCUUGUUUUACAGAUACAUCAUUAUCUGAAAUAGUAUUAACAAUAUGUCGACCAAUAGCAGAUUUUUCAUCAAAUACAAGUGUUUGGUUAACUGUUACAUUUACUGUUGAACGUUGGGUUGCUAUAACAUAUCCAUUAAAAAGUCGUACAUGGUGUACAGUAUAUCGAGCACGUAAAAUAAUAUUAAGUGUUAUAUGUGCAUCACUUAUAUGUACAUUACCAUCAGCAUUUGAAAUGAAACUUGAACGAAUAAUUGAAAUAAAAAAUAUAUCAAAUAAUAUUAUUUAUACAAAUUAUAUUAAAGCUAAACCAACUGUAUUAGGAAGUAGUUCACUUUAUCAUCAAAUAUAUUUUAAUUUUGUUACAUUUGCUAUUAUUUGGAUACCAUUAGUUCUUCUUGUAAUAUUUAAUACAAUACUUAUUCAUUAUGUUCGUCGUUCAAAACUAAAUCAACAACCAAAUGAUACAGGUUUUCAAUUACGUCGACAUAGUCGAGGAAAUCAUAGUGAACAAAGAAAAACAACAAUUAUGUUAAUCGCUGUUGUUAUUGUUUUUACUAUUUGUCAAAUUCCUCAAGCAGUAUCUUUAACAGUUCAAUCAUUUUUUCCAAUAUUAGCUCAAACAUCAAAAGUUCUUAUUUAUAAUAAUUUUGCAAAUUGUUUCGUAGCUAUAAAUGCUUCAACAAAUUUUCUAUUAUAUUGUUGUUUUUCUGAUCGAUUUCGUUUAACAUUUCGUUCAAAUUUUGCAUUUUUAAGUAAUAAUUGUGCAUAUUCAAUACAACCAGGAUCGAAAAUGAAACGAAUAAAUAAACAACAUACAAAUUGUAAUUCAUUUGAUACAGUAUCAUUAACAAAUCAAUCAAUUUAUUCUUUACAUGGAAAUCAAUGUCAUACACGUAUAUCAAAUUUAAGUAUUGAUAUAAAUGCUAAAUAUAAUCAUAAUAUUAUUAAUCAAAGACAAUCACAAAUGAUUGAUAAUAAUAUACAAUCAUGGUUUUCAACACGUUUAUCAAAUUUAUCAUCAAAAUUAAAAUUAACUGAACAUAAUAAUCAAUUAGAUGGAAAUCGUUUUUCUCAAAGUACAGAUUCGUAUCCAAGUUCACCAACAAUUAGUAUAAGAAAAAGUUCAUUAAUGUUUACUCAUCAAAAGCGUCCAUCAAAUAUAUCAACAGGUGGUGAUCGAACGUUAAGAUUAUCUAUUGAUGAACCAACACCAAAACAAAUAUCUAAAGCUGAAAAAUUAUCUUUAAUUUCGUCAAAAUAUCAAUCAUCACAUUUAAAUGAAACGAAUCGAUCAAUUUUAAAAUCGAUACCAUAUUCAAAAUCUUCUUCACAUCGUUCAUUAACAGAUAAUAAUCAAAAACAAGAACAUAUAUGGAUAAAAAAUCAUCGAUCUCAUAGUACAAAUGAACAAUUAUUAAAUCGAGAAAAAAUACCUAAUUUGACAGAAAUUAUUGAUGUUACUGUAUAA